CUCCGCCAAAAAAAAAAAAACCCAAAAAACAAAAACAAAAAAACAACAGCAACAAAAAAAACAAACAAACCAGCGGGCUCGGAGCGGAUGGUACCAAUUGUUUUAAGAAAAUGGCAGACAAACCAGACAUGGGGGGAACCGCCAGCUUCAAUAGGGCCAAGCUGAAGAAAACAGAGACGCAGGAGAAGAACACCCUGCCGACCAAAGAGACCACUGGGCAGAAGCGGAGUGAAAUUUCCUAA